UUAAGGAGAGUUUAAAUUACUAGCCCGUGUCGGCCACAUGGUGGGGUUUCCCUAUAAGAGGUGCAUUUGUUCUGCUCUAACUAGUGCAUUUUUCAAAAGCAACACGAGUACGCCAAUUUCUCGUCUUCUGGAAAAUCAAUUACAAAAGUUAAAAUGACGUUGGUGCUCCCUGCCGGUGAUAUGCUGAAGAAAAUUCAGUCCGAUCUGAACCUACAGGAGGGUCGUGAACAGGAGGACCUGUCCAAACUGAAGGAAUGGCUCGCUUGCCAGCCGCAUCUUCCUCAAAUUGAAGACGAUCGUCUCUUGGCUGGCUUCCUGUACGGCUGCAAGAACUCGAUGGAGCGUUGCAAAAAGGUGCUUGAUAUGCACUAUACCGUACGAGGCGCUGCUCCCGAGUUCUUCAAGAACCGCGACCCUAAGAGUGCUGAUAUGAGGAGCUGUCUUGACUCUGUUUACAUUGUGCCGAUGCCCAAGCUGACUGCUGAGGGCGCCAGGGUGACCAUCCACAGCCUGCAAGACCCUUCCAAGGGCCAGUUCAACGCUUCCGAGUGCAUGAAACUUGUCUUCCUUACCGGUGACAUCCGUCUCCGCGAGGAUAUUUGCUCGGGGGAUAUCCUCGUCUACGACCUCAAUGGAAGCUCUUUGUCACACUUGGCCCAGCUCACGCUGCCGCUUGUGCGCAAAUUCAUGAUUUGUGGACAGAGCGCCUAUCCUGUCCGUUUGCGCGAGGUUCACUUGGUGAACGCACCCAGCUUCUUGGACAAAAUUUUGGCUCUUUUCAAGCCCCUGAUGAAGGACAAGCUUGCCGAUAGGAUCCACGUCCACUCCAAUGUUACUGCCCUACAAAAAUUCCUAUCAAAGGACGUUCUUCCUAAGGAGUAUGAAGGUGAAGCUGGAGAUCUGAAGGAAUUGCAUGCUUCAUGGCGUGAAAAGCUGGAAAGCUACCGCGACUGGUUCAUUGGCCAAGAGUCCGUUCUGGCCGACGAAGCCAAGCGCCCUGGCGGCAAGCCUGUGACCCAGGAUGAUCUCUUUGGUCUUGAUGGCUCCUUCCGCCAGCUUUCUGUCGACUAAAAGACAAGCCCUACUGCUUCCUUCCUUUUUAUACCUAUUCUGUUAUCAAUCUAAAUUCUAAUUUGCAACUAAAACACAUUUUAGGGCCAUUUAUAAAAGCCUAACCUGGCCGCCAAUUUAACCCGCCAUUGAAUUUGGCUAUAGUUUGUUUAUGUAGCCAGGCUAGAUUUAGUUAUAGCCUAUGGCCUGGUAAUGCUUUUGGAUUGCUAUCAUUAUUUUCAACUAUGUCAAACUUAUUCUUGUAAUUUACAAAUAAAACAGCAAUUUGUCUUUUUUCUUUUUUUUUAAAA